UCUGAAAGUAAAUCAUCAUGAAUUUACCGCUGAUGAGUUUGGGAGUGGUAGCAUGUGUCCACACAGGGUUAGGGUCAAUGUCUUGGCAGAUUGCUGCUCACAUGCGCUGGCAUCUGACUUAUCUCAAUUAAACAGAGAGAAUGGAGAGGACUGGUUGUAAUUCUGAUGGCGGAUUUAAUGCACUGAUUUCCCAAGAGGACAUGGAGGAGCAUCCUCCUUACCAACAAUUUGGUCAAGGCAGCCAACAAGUGUCCAUGUUCAGUAUGAAUCCUGGGAGAAGGUGCAGACUGGCUGUAGCGAUCCUGGCACUUCUCGCUGCUGUUUUACUGAUAGUCGAUAUCAGCCUGGGAGUCCACUACAACAAGCUCACAGAUACUCACCUCACACUUGAUGAUACAGAACGCAUCACCAAAGAGGCGAUGGCACUUCAGGAUACUUACAAGGCCGCAGUCCAAACCAUGAAGGGGGCCGAGAAGCAGCUGGACAGUGAGAUGAGCCGUCAGAAACAAACCAACUGGGAAUUUGAACACCAGACAAAAAGAAGCCAAGACUAUGAAGCACAGAUUGAAAAAAUUAGAAAGGAGCUCGUAGCUCUGCGAUCACAACUACCAAUGAUUAAUGACGGCUGCAAACACUGCCCAGCAGGAUGGAUUCUGAUGAACUCAGUGUGUUACUACUUCUCUUUCUCGGACAGCGCUGGACUCAAAUCAUGGGAAAAGUCCAGAGAGUUCUGCCAGAUGUAUGGAGGGGAUCUUGUAGUCAUAGAUAGCAAAGACAAGCAGAACUCAACUGUAAAUUACAUGAUAAAUCAUCAUGACUCCUCACAACAAAAUUUGGGCUACUGGAUGGGACUGAGAGAUUUUCACGAGGAAGGAACUUGGAAAUGGUUGGAUGGAACGGUGCUUGUUGAAGGGUAUUGGAAUGACGGAGAACCAAACGAUUCGGGCAAUGAGGAUUGUGCCACAGUCCUUGCUGCAGAAAACUUCUUUAAAGCUUGGAAUGACUUAAGCUGUCGAAAACAACAGAGAUGGAUUUGUGAAAAAGCACCAACUUCUAUGAGCUGAGAACUUCUUCAAGGAAACACACAAUUAUACUUAUUGUACGUGUGUCCAUGCUCAAUUUCCUGACCAGACAAGUGCUCCACACACCCAGGCUCCCACGAAAUCAUCCAGCUGCCCUCCAUCCAGCAUCCACGCUGCACGGGGAGAACAUGCAAACUUUUACAUUAUUAACAUAGAGUCUGUAUCCAUAGAGGGAGUUUUCAGUUGUGGAAAAAUACAUACAUUAUGCAAUAAAGACUUGUAUGUGCUUACAAAUGCUUUGUUUGUUAUUAAAAAUGAUUUAGGAAUGCUUUUUAAACUUGUAAUUACUUACAGUUUGCCUAGUUUUGAUGAGACCGCUUUUAAUAAACUGAUUCUGGGUUCGA